AGUUGUUUUAUUCCUUCGGCCACAGAGAAUCAUAAUCUCUUCCCGGCUAGGGUGGCCAUAUAUCAUAUGGUUUCAAUUUGUUCUCAGAAACAACAAACAGCUUACAAAUCGCGAUAACUAACAUGGUGUACUACAGUGGUCCUCUGAUUGCAUAUGGAAUAGCCAAGUCGGGACUUGGUGAGGGCCAGCCAGGCCCUACGAAGUAUAGGGAUAUCGACCUGAAUGAUUUCCGACAUGUUGCCGACUACUUCAUAUCAUGCCGUUGGAACAGGUCGCCGCCUCCGUACCCACCAAGUGACACAAAAGUCAAGGGUGUCAGAAUCAACUGUAGCGGCGACGAACGUAGCUUUCGAAAGCCACACUUUGAGGAGAUCGAGGUGUCCAUGAUGGAUGUCCUGACCGUUGAAUAUGACACUUCGGAUAUUGCCAAGCGUAUUGGCCUCCCUGUGUUCACCAAGCCCUGUCCACCAGACCCAAGCUGGGCGAAGAAUAGCAACGCAUACGUCAACGAAGACGCCACAUAUCUACACCUGUGUAUGGAUUCCAAAGCCAAACCGAACAACCUUACGGGUGUCAUUGGCUGGGGUUAUGCUCCUUUGCGAUGGCAGAACAGAGUCGGAAGCGUCAUUGUCGUGCGUCAGGAUCAAAAGCCCUUGUCGCGAUGGCAUAUGGAGGCGCUAUGCAAGUACUGUCGCGAGGAAGUUACGGCCCUGCUGGAGCAUAAUAUCUGGGAGUUUUCAGAGAUUCCUGAAGACUAUAUGUCCAAGCACAUGAUCCUGUCCAUGAUCUGCCGACCAAUGUUUCAUGUCUUUUGGCGCAGAUGGCGUGACGAAAAGAUUGAGAAGGGAGAUGAGAGCCUUUGGGACGUGGAUUUGCCUCACUCCACCUGAUUUUCGGAUAAGUGUUGGAUCCUGGAUGUUUGAGGAAUCGGGUUCCCAGGAGGAGUGGCUCUCAUAUGUCUGUUUGUCGUGCAGCUAAGAAUCAGGUAUUGGCCAUAAGCUAAGAGCAGGCUGUGCGACCUGAUGGCACAAUUGGAUCUGCUACCCAUCGGUAGUACUGAAGAAAGAAAAUGGAAUCAUCGUAAUGCUUUAU